AUGGCGAACCCGGUGGGGGAGGACAAUUGGGUCGAGUAUGUCGACCACCAGCUCCGCGAGGCCACCGACCUCGAAGCCCGCGUGCGCGUCGUCGAGACGUUCCGACGCGCCACGCUCGCCGAGCCCGGCAGCCUCAAGGUGUGGAUGGCGUACUGCGAGUACUUCUGGUCGCUCUACAUCGACUGCCAGCCCGGCAGCGACGCCGGCUGGCCCCACGACGAGCAGCACAUUGGCCGCGAGACCUUCACGCUCGAUGCGGCCCUCAACCUCUGGCAGACCGGCUACGAGGCUGUGCAGUACCGCCUCUCGGACAGCCAUGAGCUGUGGAACCGCUGGGUGUCGCUCGAGAUGGAGCUGCUGCGGCGCACCGCGACCGAGGCCGGCGUGCGUCGGAUCACGCAUCUCUUCAAGAACCGGCUCGCCGUGCCCCACGCGACCUGGAAGACCACGUCGCAGAUGUUCUCGAGCUUCCUGUCCGAAUACAACCGGUAUGCCUACGAGAGCGAGAUGCAGCAGGUGACGAAGAACGCGCGGGACGCGAGGCGGCUCUACGACCUGCGCGACCCGUGGGAGACGAAGCUCGCCCACGCGGCUCGGGCGCGCGAUGCCGGCGCGGUGCGCGCGAUCAUGUCCGAGUACAUGGAUUUCGAGAUCCGCCUCGUCAAGUCAAAAAAGGACGCGCGGGACGUCCUGGUCAACUACCAGAUCUGCCUCGGCCUGUUCUCGCGCGCCCUGACCGGCGUGCUGGCCUCGGACGAGGACACCUGGCUCAACUUCAUCGUGCUGAUCUCCACGAGUCACACAGACAUCAAGGCCGGCCGGUCCGUUAUCCCCGCCCGCUUGGUGCCCAACAUGCUCGACACGCUCCAGCGCGCCGUGCGCCACAUCCCGUGGUCCGGCGUCCUCUGGGCGAGGUACAUCCUGACGGCCGAAGAAGCCGGCCUGUCGUUCACCGACAUCGAGCGCAUCAAGCACGCCGCCACCGACAGCGCGCAGCUGGACAAGAACGGCAUGGCCAGCGUGCUCGACAUGUACUCGGCCUGGUGCAGCUACCUGAAGCGCUCGGCUAUGAACCCCAAUGCGACCGAGGAGGCUGUGGACGUGGCCGAGGUCGGCCUGCCGUCGGCGCUAGAGGAUGUUAAGCACUGGGGCAAGCGCAAGUACGGCGAGGCGUACCAGGGUGACCCCGACUACCGGCUUGAGAAGAUUUUGAUCCAGUUUCUGACGGAGAAGAAGGACGAUAUCGAGGGUGCGCGCGCCGUGUGGGAGCAGCUAUCCCGUGUGGAUCUGCACGCGAACAGCUACGACUUCUGGCUUAAUUGGUACCUGUGGGAGAUGAUGGUCUUCGCCACGGUAAGAAGCAAGACGCGGAGCCCGACACCGGCCACCCUCACGCAGGGCUUGCGCGUGCCGACAUUUGCCACGCAGGUGUUCACCCGCGCGCUCAAGAUCCGCACCGUGGAUUGGCCGGAGCGCCUCAUGGAGGUCUAUCUCAAGCACUGCAACGACUACGAGCUGGCGGAGACGCUGCGCGAGGCUCAGGACACCAUCUACAAAACCCGCAAGGGCGUGGCCAAGCGCCGUGAGCGGGAAGCUGCGCAGGCGGCGCAGGUGGCGGCUCAGCAGGCUCAGCAGGCUCAGCAGGCUCAGGCACAGGCGGCGACCGUGGUGGACCAGUCCAUGCCGGACGCGCCCGAUGCAAACUCCUCGCCCGGGUCGAAGCGAAAGCGCUCGGAGACACCGGGCGACGACGAUAGCGGCAACAGCAAACGCGCUAAGAGCGAGACGCACAGCGACGAGUUGAAGCGGGACCGGGAGAACACGUCGGUGUGGGUGACCAGCCUGCCCAAAGAUGCGACGCAGACCAAGCUGAAGCAGUUCUUCCGCGAGUACGGGCACAUCAACAACAUCGACCUGCAGAAACGGGACGAUGCGGCGAUUGCACUGGUCGAGUUUCGCACGCCGGACGACGCCCGAUCGGCACUGCUGCGCGACGGCAAGUAUUUCGGCGACCAUGUCGUCCAGGUCGCUGCCGCCACCGACUGCACGCUCUUUGUCACGAACUACCCGCCCGAGGCGGACGAGCAGUAUCUCCGGGACCUGUUCAAGAACUGCGGCGAGAUCUACAGCAUCCGCUUUCCCAGCCUCAAGUACAACACCAAGCGCCGGUUCUGCUACGUGACCUUCCGCGACCGCGCCGGUGCCGCCGCCGCCACCAAGCUCGACGGCAAGCCGCUCGAGUACGGCAAGUUUAAGCUCCAAGCCAAGUUCUCCGACCCGAUGGCCCGCCAGCAGCGCCACGGUGCGCAAGCCGAGGAGCGCGAGCUGCACGUCCUCAACCUGCCACGAGGGACCUCCGAGGACGACGUGCGCGAUCUCUUCGCCAAGGCUGGCCGUGUCGUGAGCGUCCGCGUGCCGCGCAACAUGGCCGGCGUGUCCCACGGCACGGCGUUUGUGGUGAUGGAGACCAAGGACGGCGCACAGGAAGCCAUCCGGACCCUCGACAAGCUCAUCUUCGGCAACCACCCGAUCAAGGUCGAGCUCUCGCGGCCCCCGUCGCACAAAGUCACCGCCACCAUCCGGACCGCUGACGGGGCCUCCACGCCGUCCGAGGCCGGAUCAUCCCCGGCGCCUUCGGAGUCCAACUCGAGCUCGAAUCCCUCGCGAGCCGAGAUUGCCGCCCGCAGCAUCGCCGUGCUGAACGUGCCCGACACGAUGAACGACGCCCGGCUGCGCAGCGCCCUCGCCUCCACGGCCGGCGUGGACAGGGACGUUGUGAAGCUGGUGCUGCACCCGACCCACGGCGGGGCCGUGCUCGAGUUUGCCAACGCUACUGCCGCGGGCAAGGCUGCGCUGGCCAUCGACGGGGUUGAGGUGGAUGUCGGCGGCGGGUUGGGGAGGCGGAAGUUGCGUACCGGCACGGUGGCUGAGCUGUUCAAGUCCAAGGGGGAGAAGAGGGUCGACCGCAUCGACAAGCCCGGGCCGCCCGGACCCGCAGGGACGUACGGCAAGAAGGCUGAGGGUGCCAAGUCUGGUGCGAGUGCGGCUGAGCUGAUGCCGCCCCCACCCUUGCUGAUCAAACGCCCGGGAACUGGCGCCAGGUCGGGGCCGAAAAAACUCCCUGGUUUCGUGAGGAGGUCUGAUGAGACCGCUACUGCUGUUAAUGGCGCGGCAGCGGACGGGAAGGGCAAGAGCAAUGCGGAUUUCAAAAAGAUGUUCUUGGGCGGCGGGGGUAGCGGUGCCCCUAGCAGAGAUGCUACUGGCCAGGACGCGGACAUGGAGAACAACCAAUAUGGAAAUCAGAGCAAGACGGAUUAG